AUGACGUCGUUCGCCGGCGUAUCCGUCCUGGCCGACAGCGGGCUGUGCCCAGCCACCGAGUCGCCCGUCGAAACCAGCACGGGCCAGGACAAGUUUAUCAGAAAAGACGCCCUCGAACGAUCGCCGUAUCUAAGGGGUAAUUAUUUCAUCAUUCGGUGCGACAUCAUGGUCUUCAACAACACCAAGGACGAUGCCGGUGGUCGAAAGGCGCUCCUACCUGACAUUUGCCAUGAUUUUAACGUUCUCUUCCAAACUGAAGGGGGUGUUGAUGUGAAGUUCGAGGUCGGUGGUGACAUAAUCGACGCACACCGAUGUGUGCUUGCAGCCCGAUCUAAGGUCUUCAUGGCACAACUCUUUGGCCCCAUGAAAGAGACGUCUAGCGUCAUACAGAUCAAAGACAUGGAAGCAAAAGUGUUCGGGGCCUUGCUUAGCUUCAUCUACACGGACUCAUUCCCUGAGAUGUUGUAUGACAACGACAUGGAGACGGACAAAAUGCCAGGAGUUGUGAAACAAGAACAAAAAGAGGAAUCAUCUGAGGACAAAAUUUUCAUCGACGUGGUUGAGUGGCAGAAUCAAGUGUGCAUUCAUGGGAAGAAAACAUACAGCUUCCCCUCCGAGGCCUCUUCUUGGGGCCCCUACAAGUUUAUUAAAAUAGAUGCCCUUGAACGAUCAAUGAAUCUAGAGCAGGAUGACUGUUUCACCAUCCGGUGUGACACCAUGGUCUGCAACACCGAGGAUGAUGCUAGUGACACCAGGGUGCUCCUGCCUGAUAUACACCACAACCUUAUCAAUCUUCUUCACAGUAAGUCUUUCAUGGCGCAACUCUUUGGCCCCAUGAAGGAGGGCACUUCCACACCCGGUGUCAUACAUAUCAAAGACAUGGAAGCAAAAGCGUUUAAGGCCUUGCUUGACUUUAUCUACACAGACUCAUUCCCUGACAUGGAGGGGGAUGAAAUGUCAGAAGCUAUGGAAGAAGAACAGGAAGAGAAGUCAACAGAUGAUGAAAUAUGGCUGCAAUGGCUCCAUGACUUGUUGGUAGCGGCAGACAGAUAUGACAUCCAGUGGCUCAAGUGCAUAUGUGAGAAACAGAUGUCUAAGAAAAUAGGUGUGAGGUCGGUGAUGUCCACUCUUGCUCUAGCCGAGCAGCACCACUGCCAAGGUUUGAAGGAGGCAUGCUUCAAGUUUAUCCAAGUCGAGUCCUCCUCAUGUUUGCAAAAAAUAAUGAUGCAUAAGGAUCUCCCUCCGGCGGCGCAAACCCUCUCUGUUUUCGGCGACAAGCGAGCAACGUCGGCGCAUAGAGAGUCGGCCAUGUCGUCGUUUGCCAGCUUAUCCGUCCUGUCCGACGGCAAGCUAUGCCCAGCCACCGCAUCGCCCGUCGACACCGGCAGGGACUGCGGGAACCACCUGCUCGUGGUCCACGACUGCUCGCGCACCAAAAAGGUGACACCCACCGGCGACAGCAUCAGCUCUCGUAUCUUCAUGGUAGGAGGCCAUGGCUGGUACAUCGAGUACUUCCCUAACGGCGAAAACUCUGGCUGCGCCGACUUCAUUUCCCUCUCUCUUUCCUGUUUUCGUGCCGACAAGAAGAAGCCCGUGGAAGCCAUGUUCGUUUUCAGCUUCGUCGACCAGGUUGAGAAGCAGAAUCCAGUCUACCUUCGUCAAGAGGACAUGUGCAUCUUCGCUGGCUCCUCUGGGGCAGCAACAGGUUUAUCACAAGAGAUGCCCUUGAACAAUCGGUGGAUCUCAAGCAUGAUUGUUUCACCAUCCGGUGCGACAUUAUGGUCUGCAACAACACCGAGGAUGAUGUCGCUGGCACCAAGGUGGUGCUCCCGCCUAACAUCAGGCUGGUCAUAG